AUGGCAAAGCAACUUAAUUUCCUCACGCUUGGGAACGAGAUGAAGGGCAUCAAGACAACCGAAGGGUUCGACGUUCUGACAUCCUAUUCCGACCCCAUAACAGAUGAGGAUGUCGAACUUGACGUUUUCAUGACUCUGGACCAUCCUCUCAUUCAGUUCGAGGACGGCCACGGAAACAUCACACUGAAAUUCGACAUCCAAAAAGCACGCUAUGAUGUUAUAGGCCAUAUCAGAACUACAACAUUACCCUCCGGAAUGGUGCUCAGUUUCAAGACCACGCUUAGCAAUGUGACUGGUACCGUGGACUCCAGUCAGAGCAAAGGCGGGUUCGCAGGGAAAGGCGCGAAAGCCGCACCGGCAAACGAGACAGUUCCCAUCAACCCAGACGAGAAAGACAUAUCGCAGGUCGACUUAAUCGGCACCACCGACGAGUCCAGAAAGGCAGUCAAAGGCAAGACAUUCAUGCUGGAUGCUCUCAAACAAUACUUCCAGGAAAAUGCUGAACUCAAAUAUUUUGUCGCCAGUGUUUCCAAUCAAUACGAUCCCCAGUUAGGAUCCCAUUCUCUCCAGCCUCGCUCGUUCUGCUUCAACACGUUGAAAGGCAAGACCAAAGACGACGAAUCGGCCUUGUGUAUGUGGAUCUCUGUCAAGGAAGGAACAAACAAAGACCAAAGCUCCAAGGGGAAUUUCAGAGGUGGAUUGAAAUUCAGCGGAAAAUUAAUCGCCAGCGAUGUUGACAUCGAGAAGUAUGACCUCGAAUAUGACUCGGGUGGCCUUUAUCCUUCUCACAAGACUCAUCACGUGGACGGUAUUAAAUUCAGUCCCUCUGAGCCGGAGACGACAAUCUCUUUUGACAGCGGCCUCAAUUCGAAGUCCCACAAGAUAAAUUACACCAGCGACAGGCAGCGAGUAAACUGGGAAUGGAGAGAGAGUGGUGUUCACCGUCCAGUUAUGAUUUCAAGUGGCACCACAAAUCGUGAGUUUGUCUGGACCGCAAAAGGCUCGUGGAAAGAUAAAAAGACCGCGGAACACCCUAAUUUGCUCAGAUUCGACUGGACAAGCGACAAGGAAUGGACGAUCAAAAAAUCUGCGGAAGACGUAGGCUGGUGGGAAAAGAUCUUUGGUGGCAGCACCGCUAUUCCUGAGCACCUUCGGAACUUGAAGGUACCCAGUCCGAAUGUGAAACUGGAGAUGAACACACUCGACUAUUUCUUGACCAGGAACUUACUUUACCCUGGCAAGCACAUCUUCAACGCUGAUGACCCUUCUUCGGCCAGCACUGACAAAGGACUUGCCCUUCCUCGUGACUUGAUUUUGACUGGCGAAACCAAGAUCAAUUGA